GUCGUGGCAGUUGAUCAGUGCAUGCAUGAUAGAGCACAUCGCACACGUUCCUCCUUUGUUUUACCGACCUGAAGCUUGCACCAUGCCUCGGCCGAGCCGGAACAGUUACGGUGACCAGAAGCCGCCUUAUUCCUACAUCUCUUUGACCUUCAUGGCCAUCCAGUCCUCUCCGGAGAAGAUGCUCCCUCUGUCCGACAUCUACAAGUUCAUCAUGGACAACUUCCCCUACUAUCGCAAGGACACGCAAAAGUGGCAAAACUCGCUGAGACACAACCUGAGUUUCAACGACUGCUUCAUCAAGAUCCCGCGGAGACCGGACCGACCGGGGAAAGGAGCAUACUGGGCGUUGCAUCCCUCCUGUGCGGAUAUGUUCGACAAUGGAUCCUUCCUCCGCCGCCGCAAGCGCUUCAAGCUUCGCAAGGAAGAGAAGGAAGCCCUCCAGUCCAGUCUCAACCGGGUCUCCCACCCUCCACCCAUUUCCCCUUCCUCUGGUAAACCUGAGCCUCCGGAAGCCACAAAUAAUAAGCCCAAGAGGAGCUUCGACAUCGAGACCCUCUUGGCUCCAGAUAAGCCUCCAGAGCCAGUCGUGGAGCCGUAUCCGAUUCAGUACACGUGGUCUCCUCUUCAAGCAUGGAUGCCUCCGGAAGUCGUGAGACCCCGCCCCAUCUAUCUUCCCUGGAAUCCCACCUUGUGCAGCAAUCGAUUCUCUUGUUUUCAGCAUUGUAGUAAACCUUAUAUGGUUCGU